AAUCAGCUAAGAGCAAAUAAAUUCUCUAAAAAAAGAAAACAAAAGGGAAAAAGAGGGGAAAAAUUUGAUCUUCAAUUUCAAAGCAAAACAAACCCUUUAUACUGCAUGCAGUCUCUGUGUCACACUAAAACCCCUUUGGCUUCUCUCUCUCUCUCUCUCUCUACUUGCGUUGAAGGCCGAUUCCCGGAGAAGUAGUUCAGAUUUUCCACCAUCUCGACUAUUUCCAAGGCGUACACUCUGAAUUUGAAGCCACAUUUGGAAAAGGGCAUUUCCUUUCUCCGCUGGCUCUCCUCCCACAUUUCCAUGGUUUGAGGAUUAGUUGUUAGAGAAAAUGGAAGCUCCUUUACCACCACCCAUAGCAUUUGAGGCAAGGAUAAAAGGGAUCACGUUUGCUUUGGCCACUCGUCAAGAGAUUUGCAAAGCAUCGAUCAGUGACUUACCAAUCAACCAUGCCAGUCAGCUUUCGAAUCCAUAUCUUGGUCUGCCACUUGAAAGUGGCAAAUGCGACUCUUGUGGCACGGCUGAGGCUGGGCAAUGUGAAGGACAUUUUGGAUACAUUGAGUUGCCGACUCCCAUAUAUCAUCCCGAUCAUGUUGCUGAGCUAAAAAGGAUGUUGAGCCUACUGUGCUUGAAGUGCUUAAAGUUCAAAAACAGAAAGGUGAAUAGUGUUGGUGGUGUUAUUGAAAGAAUGCUAUCUUCUUGCUGUGAGGAGGCCUCACAAAUUACUAUAAAUGAAGCCAAGACUAGUGAUGGAGCUUAUUAUUUGGAGCUGAAGUUCCCAUCAAAGUCAAGGCCUCAACAUGGAUGCUGGAAUUUUUUGGAAAAAUAUGGAUUCCGUUAUGGAGAUAUGUAUUCUCGGCCAUUGCUUGCAUCUGAGGUGGCGACAAUACUAAGAAAAAUCCCUCAGGACACCAGAAAAAAGCUCUCUGCCAGAGGUUACCACCCUCAAGAUGGAUACAUUCUCCAGCACUUGCCAGUUCCUCCUAACUGUCUGUCUGUGCCUGAUGUUUCUGAUGGAAUCAGUACAAUGUCUACGGAUUACUCUAUAACAUUGCUCAAAAAGGUGUUAAGACAAGUAGAGAUCAUAAAAAACUCAAGGUCCGGGGUGCCAAAUUUCGAGUCUCAGGAGAUUGAAGCAAAUGACCUGCAAGCAGCUGUGGCUCAAUAUUUUCAGUUUAGGGGCACAGGCAAGGCAUCUCGUGAUGUCGACGGUCGCUUUGGAAUCAACAAGGAAGAAAAUGUGUCUUUUACCAAAGCAUGGCUUGAGAAGAUGAAAACUUUGUUUAUAAGGAAAGGGUCUGGUUUUUCUUCUAGAAGUGUGAUAACUGGUGACCCGUUUAAAGGAGUGUCAGAGAUUGGGUUGCCAUUUGAGAUAGCCCAAAAGAUAACAUUCGAGGAGCGGGUAAAUCAGCACAACAUGGUGUUCUUACAGAAGCUGGUGGAUGAAAAGCUAUGCCUAACGUACAGGGAUGGUCAGUCUACAUAUUCGCUGAGGGAAGGCUCAAAAGGGCAUACGUUUCUGAGGCCCGGUCAAGUUGUGCAUCGUAGGAUAAUGGAUGGGGAUAUUGUCUUCAUCAAUAGACCACCAACUACACACAAACAUUCUCUACAAGCUUUAUCAGUUUACAUUCACGAUGAUCAUACAGUCAAGAUCAAUCCUCUAAUCUGCGGUCCCCUUAGUGCGGAUUUUGAUGGGGACUGUAUCCAUUUGUUCUAUCCACAAUCGCUUGAAGCUAAAGCAGAGGUUGUGGAACUAUUUUCAGUAGAGAAACAGCUACUUAGUUCCCAUACUGGGAACUUCAACUUGCAGCUGGCAACAGACUCAUUACUAUCACUGAAAUUACUGUUCAGAAAGUACUUAUUGGUGCGAACAAAAGCACAACAGUUGGCCAUGUUUGUGCCGGAAGCACUAUCUGGACCUGCAAUAAUGAAGUCCAGAAAUGGCGAUCUUUGGACUGCAUCGCAGAUUUUACAGACAACUUUUCCUCUAUCCUUCGAUUGUUCCGGAGAGAAACAUAAGAUAUGCAAAAGUGAAGUGAUGUACCUGGACUAUAAUAGGGAUGUGAUGGCUUCCAUCAUCAAUGACAUAGUCACCUCACUUUACUUCUUGAAGGGACCAAAGGAGGUCUUGCGGUUUUUCAAUUCUAUCCAGCCAUUAUCAAUGGAAAGUCUUCACACAGAAGGCUUUAGUGUCAGUUUAAAAGACUUUUUCCUCACUCGGGAUGUUUUGGAGGAUAUCCAAAAGGAAAUUCAGAAGAUCUUCCCACUGCUGAGUGAUUUGCGAGCUUCAUAUAGUGAAUCAGUUGCUCUGCAAGUGGACAGCUACUUGCGCAAUGUGAAGAUCCCUGUUACUAACUUCAUACGUGAGUCUUCAGCAGUUGGCUACCUGAUAGAUUCCAAGAGUGAAUCUGCUUUGAACAAGGUGGUUCAGCAGAUUGGUUUCUUAGGAAUUCAGAUAUCGGCUAAGGGGAAGUUCUACACGGAGACAUUGGUCAAGGACAUGUCAUCUCUGUUUCAAAAGAAAUAUCCUUCUUAUGAGGAUAGUCCUUGUGAAGAAUUUGGCUUGGUUGGUAGACCUCUCUUUAGAGGACUGGACCCUUAUCAGGCGAUGGUUCAUUCAAUCUCCAGCAGAGAAGUAAUUGUCCGCUCAAGCAGAGGAUUGACUGAACCUGGGACACUCUUCAAGAAUUUGAUGGCAAUCCUUAGAGACGUUGUCAUAUGCUAUGAUGGUAGUGUGAGGAAUACGUGCAGCAACUCCAUCGUUCAGUUUGAGUAUGGAGUGAAUAGUGCCAAUAUUGCAAGUGAGUUCUGUGCUGGUGAUCCUGUUGGAGUCUUAGCUGCAACUGCCAUGUCCAAUCCUGCAUACAAGGCUGUGCUGGAUUCAUCUCCAAGUAGCAACUCAUCCUGGGAUAUGAUGAAGGAGAUACUGCUUUGUGGAGUCGGAUUCAAGAAUGAUGUUGCUGAUCGUCGGGUGAUUCUUUACCUAAAUAACUGUGAUUGUGGCAGAAAGCACUGCCAAGAAAAUGCUGCUCUCAUAGUGAAGAAUCACUUGAAGAAAGUCAAUCUAAAGGACACAGCAAUGGAGUUCCUGAUAGAAUACAGAUCUCAGUCGAUGCCUGAGAGUUCUGAUGUCAGUUCAGGCCUUCUUGUGGGCCAUAUUCAUCUUGACAAGGCCCAGUUGAUACAAUCAAAUAUCUGCCUGAAUGAUAUUCUUGAGAAGUGUCUGGAUACAAUCAGUGUUAAUCGAAAGAGGAAAAAGGUCGGAAACCUAUUCAAGAAAAUUGAGUUAUCAUCCUGUGAGUGUUGCUCUGUUCGCCAAUCUUCCAAGAGCAAAUGGACUGAUGUACCCUGCAUCCAGUUUCUUUGGCAAGGGGCAAGUGAUGAUCUCUUAGAGAGAGCUUCUGAUUUCCUAGCUGAUACAGUUUGUCCAGUGCUCUUACAGACAGUCAUCAAAGGUGAUCCAAGGGUAUCAGCUGCCAACUUAAUAUGGAUAAGUCCCGAUACAGCUACCUGGAUCAGGAGUCCAUGUAAGAGCCCUAAAGGUGAAUUGGCUGUAGAUGUAACCCUCGAGAAAGAAUCUGUGAAAAAAAGUGGAGAUGCAUGGAGGAUCGUGAUGGAUUCUUGCCUUCCAGUUUUCCAUUUGAUAGAUUCUCAGCGUUCCAUACCAUAUGCAAUAAAACAAGUAGAAGAUCUGCUUGGUAUUUCUUGUGCAUUUGAGCAGGCUGUACAGCGUUUAUCAACAUCCGUAACAAUGGUUACGAAAGGUGUUCUCAAGGAUCACCUUGUUUUGCUGGGUAACAGCAUGACUUGUGCCGGAACGAUAAUUGGUUUUAAUGCUGGUGGUAUCAAGUCUCUGUCGAAAUCACUUGGGGUGCAAGUACCAUUUAUGAAUGCGACAUUAUUUACUCCAAGAAAAUGCUUUGAAAGAGCUGCUGAAAAGUGCAAUACUGACAAUUUGUCAAGCAUUGUGGGUUCUUGUGCCUGGGGAAAGCAUGUAUCUGUGGGAACUGGAUCUCCUUUCGAGAUUGUUUGGGGGACUAAACAUGAUGAGCUGAUGGAUGAUGAAGAGAUUGAUGUUUACAAUUUCCUCCGCAUGGUGAAUAGCUCAAAGCUGGAAGAUACAGGCACUAGUUGCUUGGGAGCUGAAAUUGAAGAUCUGGACCUGGAUGAGUAUAUGGAUUUUGAUCUGUCUCCGGUGCGAGAAUCUGGUGCCGCUAAGCCCACUUUUGAGGAUGGAAUUGACUUAUCCAAGGAGGAGGAUGAUGGGGGAUGGUCUUGGGGAAAGGCUGACUCUGGGGUAAGCGAUUGGGCGACACAAGCUGAAGAUAGUGCAUGGGGUAAAAAAGCAGAUUCAGAAGAAAAUGGUUGGGCAAGGUCAAACAAGGCUGAAGGAAGCACUUGGGGCAAAAAAGCAGAUUCUUCCGGAGGAAGCACUUGGGGCAAAAAAGCAGAUUCUUCAGAAAAUGGUUGGGAAAAGUCAAACAAGGCUGAGGAAAGCACUUCAGGCAGGAAGGAAGGAAAUGAUUGGAAUUGGGGUGAAAAGGAUAAGGCGAAGGGAAAUGAUUGGAACACAAUUGGCAAACAAGGUUCUUGGGACACGCCUAUGACUGAUACUCAGUCUUCUUGGAGUAAAGAUAUCGCUAAAAUAGAUGAUGGAAAAUCUCAGGGAGAUGAUGUGUGGUCAGCACCUUCUGGAGCUCAGAGAGAGGCAGCUUGUAGUGAACCAUCUGAUGCUGCUGGUUGGGACAAAUUAGGAUCUAGCACAGAGUUGGAUUCAAAGGAUAAUCCUUGGGGAAAAUCUAAAGUGGCUAAUGAAUCAACCCCCUCAAAGGCUUUUGGCACCUGGGGCUCUUCAAGUACAAACGACUGGGGUAAGUCUAAUUCACAGUCUCUUGCAGGAGAAAACAAAGAGUCUCAGUCAAAUAACUGGGGUUCAAGCCAGAAACAAUCGGACGUCUCUACACCUGCUCAAGGUUGGGGUUCAAAGGACGAGGCCUGGGGAACUAAGGCUGCUGAUGACUCAACCCACUCAAAAGCUUCUAGUACUUGGGGCUCACCAAAUGAUUGGAGCAAGUUUGAUUCACAGUCUAAUGCAGGAGAGAACAAAGAGUCUCAGUCAAAUAACUGGAGUUCAAGACAGUCGAACGACUCUACACCUGCUCAAGGUUGGGGAUCUCCAAAUGUUGAUACUUCCGGUGACAAAGAUGCAAGGCCUCAGUGGGGAGGUCGUGGCCGGGGGCGUGGCAGAGGUUGGGGACGAGGUCGUUCAAGAGAAGGUUCACAAGGUAGGGGCCCUUCUACUGAUGGGGAUUGGAGGAACAGGAGACCUCGUCCAUCUGAUGAUCCUAAUGCUCCAGCGCUUUUCACUGCAACAAGGCAGCGCUUGGAUUUAUUCACUGCAGACGAGCAAGAUGUUCUUGUGGAGAUUGAGUCAAUUAUGAAGAGCAUCAGAAGAAUAAUGCACCAGACUGGAUACAAUGAUGGUGAUCGAUUAUCUGCUGAGGAUCAGACAUACAUUGUUGACAAUGUGCUCAACUAUCAUCCUGACAAAGCUGCAAAAACAGGAGCUGGAUUAGAUUAUAUCAUGGUUCGCAAGCACACUGAGUUCCAAGACAGCAGAUGCUUUUACGCUGUCUCUGUUGAUAAAGUGGAAUCAGAUUUCUCCUACCGCAAGUGCCUCGACAAUUUCAUCAACAAGAAGUACCCGGACAAGGCAGAAGCUUUCGUGUCCAAGUACUUCAAAAAGCCACAGCCACGAGCUGGGUGGAACAGAGACCGUGGUAGUGGUACUCCUCGUAGUGAAGCUGGGACACCUCGUGGCUGGAAUAGUGAUUCCAAUGAAGCCGGGACACCAUCAACAUGGGCGCAGACUGCAGGUCCUCAAAGUGAAGCUGGGACGCCCCGUGGCUGGAACAGCGAUUCCACUCCAACGACAGAGGAGGCUGGGACACAAUGGGCGCAGACCCCUGCCCCUGAUAGUGAAGCUGGAACGCCCCGUGGCUGGAAUAGUGUUUCUGCUCCAGCAACAGAGGAAGCCGUGACACAAUGGGCGCAGACCCCUGCCUCUGAUAGUGAAGCUGGAACGCCCCGUGGCUGGAAUAGUGUUUCUGCUCCAGCAACGGAGGAAGCCGUGACACCAUGGGUGCAGACUCCGGGCCCCGAUGAUGCAGCUACUGGUUGAUGUACGGCAAAUCACUUUUGUUAUUGUUAUUGGUGUACGGGCUUUUUAGCUGGUAUCAAGUUGGAAAAUUUCAGAUUAUUUAUCAUUUUAUGGUUAGGUUGGUUUAUGACAGGUUGGUUGUUACUUCGCUUUUUUUAUCUCUUCAUCUUCAGCGCUGGAAUUUGGGAUUUUCUUUGAAUUUAAUUUACCAUCUCCAAUCGCA